UUGGCGCCUGGUCAAGACAGAUCUAGAGAGAGGACGACUCCUAGUAAAGUGAGCAGCUCCUCUGGUCAAGUCGACGUGAUGGGGCCGGCAGAUUUUCUGUUUUAUUUAAUUAUUUUUUGGGUCAUCUGCUGUGACAACAAACAAGAGGAGGCAAAAGCCACAAUGAUUAGGGUAUUCUGCCUCUGCGAAGUUCUGUUCUGCUCUCUUGGUCUCUUCUUCUCUCCCUCCUCCAUGGAGGAGACAAGGUACCAUCUUCUUCUUGCUUCCUCCUCGUACUUCUCCUACAAAUCCGGUGGUUCAUAUUUAUCCUUCUGAUCCUUGUGUUCUGAAGGCUCUUGCGCAUACAAAAGGGAGGAUUUUUCCUGUUUGCUUUGAGGUAGAUUUAUUACGUCUUCAGAGCUCCUUCGGUCUCGUCGUAGAUUUUCUCCUUUGUUUUUGACGUGGGGAGGCUUGAAUUUGGGGUUCUUCAUGUGGAGAGUUCGGAUUCUGCAUAAGAAGAAAUUGGUUUCUCUUAAUUGAUUGUGGUGGCGGAUCUCAAUCUUAGAAUUCUUGGGUAUUCGGUUUGCUUUUUUUUGUGUAUUAGUGUUUUCGGUUGCUUAUAGAGGCUGAAUUUCGGCGGAAUUUGAUUUGGAUAGUCCGUUAGUUGUUUUCUGGUCUGAGUAAGCUGGUCUUUGCUGAGAAGUUUUGGAAUUAGUACACGCUGAGGUGGUGGAUAGGCGGAAAAAAGAAGAAAACAUGGGUUAUGUUGAGUUGAUCAUGACGGCGGGCAUGAACUAUGGAAGAAUGAGUUCUCUCUUUAUUGUGGUAAUUUUGUUGACGAGCAUACAUAACUGCCACUGCAUUCAAUCUGAUAUAGAGUGCCUGAAAUCCCUGCAACAAUCUUUAGACGACCCCAACAACUCUUUGGCGUCCUGGAAAUUUCAGAACAAUUCAGAAGGAUACAUCUGCAACUUCGUUGGGGUAGAGUGUUGGCACCCAAACGAGAACAGAGUGCUCAACAUAAGACUGUCCUCCAUGGGCCUCCAGGGGCAGUUCCCGACUGGUCUAGCGAACUGCACCAGCAUGACGGGGUUGGAUCUUUCAGACAACCAGCUUGCCGGGCCCUUGCCCACUAACAUUUCACAUUAUGUGGGAUUUGUGACUUCAUUAGAUCUGUCGAAAAACAAGUUUACUGGUGAAAUCCCUGAUAAUCUGAAGAACUGUACUUAUCUCAACUCAUUAAAAUUGGAUAGUAACCUGUUUACCGGUGGAAUUCCCCCUGGAAUCGGGCAGUUAAGUCGGCUCAAGACUUUCAGCGUUGCAAGUAACAAAUUAACGGGGAAUAUUCCUCCAUUCGUGAAUCCUCAACCUCCUGAGAGUUUUGCAAGUAAUGAAGGGCUUUGCGGGCCUCCGUUACCAAAUUGUCAGUCUCAAGCAAAGAACAACCAUGCUGUUGUUACCGCUGCAACCGUUAGUGGUGGAAUCCUCUUCAUUGCCCUGCUCAUUAUCAUUGUUCUGAUGCUGUUUUGCCGUAAGAAGCCCAAGAAGAAGGAUGAAGAUAUUGAAGGCAACAAAUGGGCCAAGGACAUGAUUGCACAGAAGGGAGUAAAGGUUUCUGUGUUUGAGAAUUCUAUUCCGAAGUUGAAGCUGAGAGAUCUGAUGAAGUUUACAAACAACUUCAGCAAACAUAAUAUCAUAAACUCAGGAAGAACAGGAACAGUUUACAAAGCAACACUUUCAGAUGGUUCGUUUCUUGCAGUCAAGCGAUUGCAGGACUCUCAACAUACUGAAAAGCAAUUCAAGUCUGAAAUGGAAACGCUUGGGAAAGUAAGGCAUCAUAAUUUGGUUCCUCUCCUUGGCUUCUGUGUUGCUAAAAGGGAGAGACUGUUGGUGUACAAGCACAUGCCCAGGGGCACCUUGUAUCAACAGUUACAUGUACUUAAAGCUGAAUCUGAAGUUAUGGCGUGGCCAACGAGAAUGAGAAUAAGCAUUGGGGCUGCAAGAGGUUUGGCUUGGCUUCAUCAUAGUUGCAAUCCACGUAUCAUCCACCGGAAUAUUAGUUCCCAUUGUAUCCUGUUGGAUGAUGACUAUGAGCCAAAAAUCUCUGAUUUUGGCCUGGCACGCCUUAUGAAUCCUGUUGACACGCAUCUUAGCACCUACGUGAAUGGUGAAUUUGGUGUGUUGGGUUACGUGGCCCCUGAAUAUGCACGGACACUUGUUGCUACACCAAAGGGAGAUGUAUAUAGUUUUGGGGUGGUUCUGUUGGAAAUAGUAACUGGUGAAGAAUCCACUCAUGUGGCAAAUGCCCCUGAAAGCUUCAAGGGAAAUCUGGUUGAUUGGAUUACUCAACUUUCAAGCAAUUCUGUUGUUCAAGACGCCAUAGAUCGAUCCCUGGCAGGUCGUGGUUUUGAUGAUGAGUUACUGCAAUUUUUACGAGUGGCAUGUGCAUGUGUGCUCUCCGCUCCCAAGGAAAGGCCCUCUAUGUUUGAAGUCUAUCAACUGCUUAGAGCUAUUGGGCAGAAGUAUCUCUCAACAACUUAUGAUGAAAUGCCCCUUGAGCCUAGUAAUGUGCUUGAUGAUUGCCCUCCUGAUGAACUAAUUGUGGCAACUGAUGCAAGGUGAUUGGUACAUAAGGGUGCAAGGUUGGCAAUACAUGCUACACUUAGUAAGAAAGUUCCCUAAAUAUUGACACGGUUGUCCCUUUCUUUCUUCCUUUUCCCAUAUUGUGCUAGAUUUGUCUGUAAAUCUAAGGCGUUGUUAUUACUACCUGCAUAGUAUGAAUACUUUUGGUUAUGAGUAUCACAUCCCUCAAGCGGUUUUAUGGUUGAUCA